AUGGCUGAAAUCACUGAUUCCCUACGCUCUACCUUGAGCCAUCCUUCCGUUCUCAUGUUCGGUCCUAUAUCGAUAUCAUGCAAUCCCACACAAGUCUCCCGAGUGAGAAAAGCUGUGAUCAGCAACAAUCAGAAUGCUUGGAUUCUCAGCCUAGCCGCUCAGCUACCACAGCUAUGGACGACUAUCUCAACUGCCCUUCCAUCCCUCCAUGACGAUUCAGGAUAUAGACAAAUCCUGGAUAUGGCAGAAGCAUUGCGGUUGGGGCGUCCUCUCGAGACACCUUACCCCUUGCCCAAUAAAUUGCUUAUACCGCUGGUCGUGAUAUAUCAUCUUACACAAUAUACAGAUUUCAUCCAGCGUGCUGGGGUGAAUGUCGAGGAGGCGUUGAAAAAUCAUCAGGAGACGUUGGGUUUCUGUACUGGUCUCCUGAGUGCCUUCGCUGUUUCCGCUUCAGCGAAUCCGGCCGACUUUGAGCGGUAUGGUGCUGUUGCUAUUAGGCUUGGUUUGCUAGUUGGCAUGGUGGUUGAUGCCAGGGAAGCAGCAUCGGAUCUCAAUGCCUCCAAGUCUCUUCGUGCCGGUUGGGGUUCGACGCAUACUAAGGAAGAGCUCAAGAACAUUAUCAAAGAGUUCCCAGCUACAUACAUAUCCGUGGAAUACGAUGAGAAUCUGGCAACAGUCACAACAGCAGCAUCAACUAUUAGAACCCUUGAUCAGCGUUUGAAGAACGCCGGGUUUUCCUCCACGGAGCUCGAACUUUAUGGACGUUUUCAUGCCGAUUGCCAUCAGACGUUGAUGGCCUCCCUUUUAGAAUUUUGCGAUGCGAGCCCUGAGUUCCAAUUCCCUGACGCUUCUGGAGUACUUAUUCCAACGCGUUCAGAUACCCAGGGAGAGCUAUUCACACGAGGAAAACUACAUCACCAUGCGCUAGAGUCUAUUCUCACGAAGAUAUGCGUAUGGCAUCAGACCCUUGCCGGCGCUAGAGAAUCCCUCACGGAUAAAAACACUAGCUUCAUUUCCUUCGGCUUCACGCGCUUUGUGCCACCCACCUACAUGCGCGCUAUCAGUAGCCAGGUGGUUCAUUGGGCGGAUAUGGAAGACUCUACGACCCAUAUGCCGAAAGACCAGCGCGCUAUCACAGACAAUGAUAUUGCCGUUGUCGGCAUGUCGUGCAAGGUAGCUGGUGCUGACGACCUCGAAGAAUUCUGGGACUUGCUUUGUGCGGCGAAAUCCCAACACCGGGAGGUGCCCAAAGAUCGCAUCGCCUUCAAAAAGACUGCUUUCCGCGAUGUCGAUGAGAAGCGAAAGUGGUUCGCCAACCUCAUCGAUGGGCCAGACAAGUUUGACCACAAGUUCUUCAAGAAGAGCCCCAGGGAGAGCGCGACCAUGGAUCCUCAGCAACGACUGCUCCUACAAACAGCGUAUCAGGCUGUAGAACAUUCAGGAUAUUUCCGUUCGCCUGAUCCGGAUAGGCGUGUGGGAUGCUACAUCGGGCUGUGUGCGACAGAUUACGAGAACAACAUCGCCUGUCAUGCCCCGAAUGCUUUCUCUGCAACUGGCAACUUACAAGGUUUCGUGGCUGGAAAAGUCAGUCAUUACUUUGGCUGGACCGGGCCUGGUCUCACCAUCGACACUGCCUGCUCUUCGUCCGCUGUGGCUGUACAUCAAGCUUGCCGUGCUAUCAUUAGUGGCGAGUGCACAGCGGCGCUGGCUGGAGGUACGCAUGUCAUGACAAGCCCGUUGUGGUUCCAAAACCUCUCUGGCGCCUCAUUCUUAAGCACAACCGGCCAAUGUAAGCCCUUUGAUGCCAAGGCAGACGGUUAUUGCCGAGGCGAAGGUGUGGGAGUCGUCUUCUUGAAGAAGUUGUCGGCGGCGGUGGCAGACGGUGACCAGAUACUGGGUGUCGUAGCUGGAACAGGUGUGCAGCAGAAUCAGAACUGCACGCCCAUAUUCGUCCCCAACGUGCCAUCACUUUCCAAUCUCUUUAGUCAAGUGACUAAAACAGCUCGACUCACACCCGGCCAGAUAUCCGUUGUUGAAGCCCAUGGCACUGGUACCGCUGUGGGCGAUCCAGCUGAGUACGACAGUAUCAGACAGGUCCUCGGCGGCUCGGUUCGCUCGAGCCCACUGGUGAUUAGCUCCGUCAAGGGUCUUGUUGGGCAUAUUGAAUGCACUUCGGGUAUCAUAUCGAUGAUCAAGGUGCUGCUCAUGAUGAACAAAGGCGCCAUACCGGCGCAAGCCAGCUUUACUACUAUAAACCCUGCGAUCAAGGCGACGCCGGCGGACAAUAUGACUGUGCCAACGAGUUUACUUCCUUGGGAUGCGAAGUUCCGUGCAGCGCUUAUCAACAACUAUGGCGCGUCCGGGUCCAAUGCUUCUCUUGUAAUCACAGAAUCGCCAUUAGCAGCUAGAUACAAGAUGCAGAACGGUGCCCAAUCGCAGUCUCAGUCUUCUGGCUUGAAGUAUCCUUUCUGGCUCUGUGGUCUCGAUGAUCAGAGUCUCCGGCGGUAUACCAAGGCACUCACAACAUUCUUGAAUAAGCCCCUAAAAGAGGAUCUCUCUAUUGCCAAUGUCGCUUAUAACGUUGCCCGCCAGACCAACCGUGGACUUGAGCAGCGCUUAGUUUUCACUGCAGAGUCUGUGAGCGACCUACAACAAAAAUUAACAGCGUUCCAAAGCGGGAGCGAUUCCAUUGCAUCCAUGGAGCGCGUAGCCUCAAGGCCUGUCGUACUAUGUUUUGGUGGCCAAGUUUCCAAAUUCGUCGGGCUGGAUCGCCAGUUAUACGAGUCUAUUCCUCUUCUGCGAAAGCACCUGGAUGACGUUGACGCCACACUCCGCUCACUCGGCGUUGACAGCAUUUUCCCGGCGAUAUUCGAACGCUCGCCCAUUACCAGCAUUGUCAAACUACAGACAGCUCUAUUCGCUAGUCAAUACGCCUGUGCCAGAAGCUGGAUUGAUUCAGGUGUUCAGCCCAGUGCCGUCAUUGGUCAUAGCUUCGGGGAGCUGACUGCUCUCUGCAUAUCUCAAGUGCUGUCUGUAAAAGACACAUUGAAGAUGAUCGUCAGCCGCGCUACUCUGAUCCAGGAUGCAUGGGGCACAGAGAAGGGUGCCAUGAUGGCCGUCGAGGGUGAGUUGUCAGCUGUCGAAAGACUGCUGGCCGACGUUGCUACUACCUUACCGGAUAGCAGCAAGGCCGCCUCGAUCGCAUGUUAUAAUGGCCCCAGGAGCUUUACCCUUGCCGGCUCUGAAGCGGCCAUUGACGCUGUCGGAGAUGCUGUUGCUAAGCUCCCCAAGACCACGAACACGAUUCGCGUCAAGAAAUUGAACGUGACCAACGCGUUCCAUUGUGCCCUAGUCGACCCGCUGGUGAGUCGUCUAGAGGAGAAUGCGCAGGACUUGACAUUCCGUGAGCCCAAGAUUCCAAUCGAACGCGCAACCGAAUCUCCCAUGCAAGGCAAGUUCACUGCCAAGUUUGUCCCUGAGCACAUGCGCCAGCCCGUCUUCUUCAACCACGCGUUGCAGCGUCUUGCUCAACGUCAUCCCGACGCUAUUUUCCUCGAGGCCGGCUCAUCUUCCACUAUCACGUCAAUGGCUAGCAAGGCUUUGGAUAACCUCAAAACAUCUCAUUUCCAAGCCGUGAACAUAACGAACGACAACGGGUGGAACAACCUAGUUGAUGCUACCGUCGGCCUCUGGAAGGCUGGGCUGCCUGCACAGUUCUGGGCCCAUUGUGCUAGGCAAUCAACUGAGCACACUCCACUUCUCCUCCCACCAUAUCAGUUUGAUGCUUCUAGGCACUGGUUGGAGCUGAAGGCCCCGUCUCAGACGACAGUAGUUAUGGAAGCACCGAAGAUCGAGGCAGCUGUAGAGAAGUUGCCCGAUACCCUGCUAACGUUCCUCGGCUACCAAGACAGGGACAACCGGCUGGCAAAGUUCCGGGUUAACACCAUGAUUCCCCUCUAUGCUAAAUACGUCGCAGGCCAUAUCAUCGCGCAGACGGCGGCCAUUUGCCCUUCCAUUGUGCAACUGGAUCUCGUUAUCGAGGCUGUUCGUAGCAUUCACCCCGAUAUUGAGGCAGCUUCUCUACAGCCCCAAGUCCACCUGGUCGAGAAUCAAUCGCCUCUUUGCAUCAACGCUGCGCGCCAGGUGUUCAUUGCAACCGAGGAGAACACACAGGGGACUGAAAAGUCAUGGAGUUUCCAGAUAUUCAGUACCGAUGGUUCCAGUAGUGGUACCAAAACAAUGCAUACUACGGGUAGGCUGGAGUUCCGCGCAGCCGACGACGUAUCGCUGAAGCUUGAAUUUGCGCGUCUCGAGAGAUUCAUGAAUCACCGACGGUAUCUCGAGAUGAUGAGUAGCGGAGAUGUCGACGAGAUACUCUCACACCGGAAUAUCUACAAUAUUUUCUCUGAGAUUGUCGAGUAUUCUGACGAAUACCGUGGGCUGCAAAAACUCGUCGCGCACGGUAGUUACUCUGCCGGAUACGUCACUAGGAAGACUAAGACGUCGCCUGGGAGUGUCGAUGGCGCAUUCAUGACGGAAUCCGUCUGUCAGGUGGGUGGUAUCUAUGUUAACUGCAUGACCGGCCGAUCCCCUUCCGACAUCUUCCUUGCCACGGGCAUCGAACGAUGGAUACGCUCACCAAAGGUCCAACAAGGCGACACACAGCCAGAAGCCUACCAUGUCCUAGCUUCUCACCACCAAUCUUCCGACAAGACGUUUCUGACGGACGUGUUCGUCUACGAUGUCGAUGACGGCUCACUAGUUGAGGCAGUCCUAGGUGUGAGCUUUGUGAAGGUAGCCAAGCUUACUAUGCAGAAGUUGCUGGCGCGACUCACGCCCGGAAUUGGGCCAAAGGCCUCAACGACAAAUGUGUCUGCCCCCGACUCGUCGUUGGCGGUUGAAGCACUAGCCGGCAAGCCUCUACAAUUGACCCCAGCGCCGAUGACAUUGCAGAUGCCUACUCUAAGUAAGGCAAAGAAGGGGCCUCCCAAACCAGACGUAGCUGGCAAAGUCAAGGAAAUCUUAGCGGACUUAUCGGGUCUCGAAUUGGACGAGAUCAAGCCCGACAGUAUGCUACCUGAUUUGGGAAUCGAUUCACUCAUGGGUAUGGAGAUGGCGCACGAAAUCGAAGGCGCAUUCAAGAUCACGCUACCUGAGGACGAGCUUAUGGAGAUCAUUGACAUGCCCGGCCUGAUCAAAUGCGUACAAAAGGCCGUAGUGCUUGCCGGUGGUGCUGCCGACGACGGUGACUACAUGUCAGACGGCGAGGAGAGCAGCAGCGGCAAAUCCGAUGAUAGGCAAAGUGUCACUUCCUCGUCCCACGGUCCAUCAACGGGCCGGACAACGCCCCGAGAAGAAGUAGAGCUCGACCUCGGUAGCGGUGAGCUGAAGCUCUCUUUCGCCACCGUAAUGGAAGCUUUUAACGAGACGAAGGCCUUGACGGACGAGCGCAUUGCUGAAUAUGGUCAGACCAACUAUGUCGAUACCGUGAUGCCGCUGCAAACGAAGAUGUGCAUCGCGUUGACGUUGGAGGCAUUGGAAGAACUAGGAGUGGCCCUUCGCGACGCUACACCUAACCAGAAGUUCCCGCGCAUAUCGCACCCGAAAGAGCACAGUCGACUAGUAGAGUACCUCUACAAGAUGCUAGCGGAAGCACAGCUCGUUGUUGUCGACGAUACGCACAUCAUACGCACGGGUGUGCCCUACCCUACCGCCUCUAGUAAGCAGGUCCUAGAAGAGCUGCUCCAACGCUUUCCGGACCAGAAUACGGCCGACAAACUCACAUUCUACACGGGCUCCAACCUGGCGGAGGUUUUGCGUGGCAAGACGGACGGUAUCAAGCUCGUCUUUGGCACGCCCGAGGGUCGUGAGCUCGUGUCAGGCUUGUAUGGCGAAUGGCCUUUGAACCGAAUUUUCUACCGGCAGAUGGAAGACUUUCUCGGCCGCUUGGCUUCGAAGCUCCAUGGGGCGGACGGUCCGCUCAAAAUUCUAGAGAUGGGUGCCGGCACUGGCGGAACUACUCGAUGGCUCAUACCUCUAUUGGCUACGCUAAACGUUCCCGUAGAGUACACCUUCACUGACCUGGCUCCGUCCUUUGUUGCCGCGGCGCGCAAGAAGUUCAAGCCGUAUCCGUUCAUGAAGUUCCGCACCCACGACAUCGAGAAGGCCCCCGCCGCUGACCUCGAGGGCACUCAACACAUCAUCAUCGCCAGCAACGCGGUGCAUGCGACGCACAGUCUCUGCGGGUCAACGGCCAACAUGCGGAAGCUCCUGCGCCCCGAUGGCUUCCUCAUGAUGCUCGAGAUGACAGGCACGCUAUACUGGGUCGACAUGAUCUUCGGGCUCUUUGAGGGCUGGUGGUUCUUCGACGACGGCCGCACCCACGCCGUCGCUGAUGAGUUGCGAUGGAAGAAGGACCUCCAAUCGGUUGGCUACGGACACGUCGAUUGGACAGAUGGUCAGCGACCGGAGAACAAGAAGGAGAAGCUGAUAAUUGCGAUGGCAUCGGGCCCGAGGUGCGAAAGACUAGAGACCCCUCUUCCCGUUUCUUCGAAUCGGCCUGCUGACCUUGUAGUGCGGCAAGCCGUCAUUGAUCAAUACGUGCGGCAGUUUACGCAUGGCUUCGACGACAUGUUAAAGGAGGUGCCCGCCGAUUUCACUGUGGCGAGCGGCAGCUCCAAUUCCGGCCCCUACGUCGUCGUCACCGGAGCUACAGGAAGCUUAGGGUCACACCUCGUCACAACUUUAGCCAACCGCACAGACGUGGCUGGUGUGAUCUGUCUCAAUCGACGCAGCAAGCUUGAGAUCAGCCCAACGGAGCGCCAACUGCAGUCUCUCUCACAGAGGGGAAUCACUCUCCCUCAAAGCACCCUUGACAAACUCCACGUGUUUGAAUCCGAUCUGUCAAAGCCUUGUCUAGGUCUAUCGGACACGGAAUAUGAUUUUAUACUUACCAACGCUACCCACAUCAUCCACAACGCAUGGCUCAUGAACGCCAAAUGGCCGGUAAAACGAUUCGAGCCACAGCUCCAGAUCAUGCGAAACCUUCUCGACAUCGCAGGACAGGUUUCGAGCCGACAACCCGCGGGCCAGAACAAAAAGUUCACCUUUCAAUUCGUCUCAUCCAUCGCAACAGUUGGGCACUGGCCCAUCUGGACCGGCAACCCCUGCGUUCCCGAGGACCGCAUGACGCUCGAGUCCGUGCUCCCGACAGGAUACGGCGAUGCCAAAUACAUCUGCGAACUCAUGCUCGACGCAACGCUGCACCGAUAUCCCGACCGCUUCCGCGCGAUGGUGGUCAGACCAGGGCAGAUCGCCGGGUCGAGUACGAGCGGGUACUGGAACCCGAUGGAGCACCUCUCCUUCCUAUUCAAAUCCUCGCAGACCCUCGCCGCUCUCCCCGACCUGCGCGGUCCGCUCUCCUGGACCCCCGUGGACACCGUGGCCGGCACCCUAGUCGACUUGAUCUCAGCUGAGCAGCCUUACGCAGUAUACCACAUCGACAACCCGAUCAGACAGCCAUGGGAGGAGAUGCUAUCAGUCCUCGCAGGCGCAAUGGACAUCCCGCGGGAUAGCGUGAUUCCCCUGCAGGACUGGAUCCAGAGAGUCAAGGAGCGGACCAAAGACAUCGGGGCCCGCGAACACGAGGGCGACAAUCCUGCUAUUUUACUCAUUGAUUUCCUCGAGGAUAAUUUCGUGCGGAUGUCGUGUGGUGGCUUGCUUCUUGAUACGGCCCAGACGCGCGAGCAUUCUCCUGCGCUGGCGGGCUGUGGUCCUGUCGGGGAGGAUGUGGCAAGGCUUUACGUGCGCAGUUGGAAGGAGACGGGGUUCUUGCGGUAG